GGAAAAGGAAAAUCUGAAAAGUAUUAAAUUGUAAAAAAUAAAUAAAAUAAAAAGUUUGUACGAGACCCUCGGUAGGCGAGUCAGACUUAUACUUGUCCGGCUGAACAUAACAACAUUGAAAUUAAUAAAAAAAAAUUAAGUGUACAAUUUCAAAUAUUUGACCCUUUUAACAAAAUGGAAACAACCAAAACCAAUAAUACAAUGGCUGAAUGACCAAGUAUGUACUGUAGUUAAAGAGGCUGGCGUCCUGGGCUAUAACCACGAAAAUCGAAGUUCGUCAAUUGCGGGCAUUUUUCUCCUAUUAAGGCUUAGUGAAAGUAAAAGAGAAAGAUCCCCGCAAUUUGCGAAUUUCGGUUUUUGCGGUUGGCCUCCUGACGUCCACUAGGCUCGUCGAGGCGAAUCGCAAUAAUUCGCCUUCUAUACAUUUGUUUUUUUUUAUCGGACAACCAACGUACCAUAGACAACAAUUAAGUAGGUCGACGCCGUGGCGGCCAUAUAGAUUUACCUUUUAACCUCUUUACCCAAGGUACCUACUGACUGGCAGCCACGAAAUGGCUGUCGUUUUAAAUUAAAAUAAUGUAAAAUUAUUUUUAUUCGUUUUUCGUUUGUUACAAUCUUGUCAAACUCUGGACGUCGAAAGACUGUCAUACAGUAAAUUGAAAUCAAUGGAGACGGUUUUACAGUGGAGUAAAAAUAAUUAUAAUGGCUCCAAUACGUUACAGUCUGCAUUAUGAAGAUUAUUCGGAACACUUAAUGUCCAGAUUUGGUAAAUUGCUACAAAUGCAAUCCUUAGUAGACAUGACACUAAUGUGUAGUUCACACACUUUGCGUGUUCACAAAGCGGUUCUUGCGGCCAGUAGUGCUUAUUUUCAGGAAGUUCUGCAGAAACAGAAUGGUGAGCCGUUGAUCAUAUUGAAAAUGAGAUUUAGCGUUCUCAAAUCGCUUGUAGAGUUUAUGUAUUGUGGCAAAACUCAAUGCUUGGAAGAAAACUUAGAUGAACUAGUGUCGGCAGCACAAUUUCUAAAAAUCAAGGGCCUUUCGAAAGUAACGAAAGAAGGACUGGGCAUUAAUAAUCAUAGCGAGCUCCCGGUGUUCACGCCUCCUGUUGUCAUCAAUCGCCCGCCACAGUCUUUAAUAGAUAUGCAUACGCAGGAUAGCAGUGACCCCAAACACCUUUCGACACCUAACACCGGUCAGCCAGUGGACAGUAUGGGACGCCCGAAUAAGGUAAAACUUAGCUUUUUAAUUAAUUAUAUACCUCUCAUGUUGUUUUUUAUUAUAGAAUUGUUUUUUUUUACUUUAGCCUAUUUUAAAACCAGUUUACAAUCAAAUAAAUUUGAUCAGGACAUGGUGGUUCGCAUUCCGUUCGACAUCGAGAACGGCAGCAAUGCCCCGGCCGGCAUAGACUACGGGGACACCCCGCGCUCCAUCAAGCCGCGCCGAGGUCGGCCCAGUGUGAGACGCACCGGGGGCUGGGAGAGUUCCGGGCCGCUGGGCCGCGCCGCCGAGCGCGCCCUGCUGCGCCGCGAGCAGGACUCGCGCAAAGCCAUCCAUCAGCUCAAGCAUUUGCAGACCAGACACAUGCAGGACUACAUGGACAGAGUGACACUUUCCCAGGCCGUUAACAGCAUCUGCGGCCCUGAAUCCACCAGCGCUCACAACUACAUGGGCGUCGACAACGACCUCAUGUACAUGGACCAAACUGUCUCCUCCAACGUUCUAGAUUCUAACAUAUCGUACCCUGAGGAACACGCCAUGCGGUCAGAGGGAAUUUCCUCCUACGUCAACACUACGACCACAAGCUCUGCCAAUGAUUCGAACAGCAAUAUCAGUAAUGCCAUGUCCCAAUAUGUUGAUGCCUUAAAAAGCGCUGGAUUGCCCACCGAUCUACCCAUACUCUUUGAAUCCGGAGACGGAUCCUACAUCAACGUCAACGAACAAGUUCUUCUUGACAUGGUGCAGAGCAGCGAGAUUCAAUAUGAAGUUAUCGAACAGCCUAACAUCAUUGAAAAGGUUGCGGAUCCGAGCGAAAUCAAAAGCAUUGACGAUUUGUCCAAAUCGAUAGAAAGAGGAGAGUUGAUGUCCGGAAAUAAAAGUUAUUCGGGAGCCGAGUUUGACAAAGAUGCCGUUCAAUUCAGCAACCACGAAGAUUCUAUAAACAGUCUGAACGCAAUUCUGCCAGAUAAUUUAGACUCGUUUGGUGACCAACAGAAUUAUGUAGUUCUAGAUCAACGUAUGCAGAAUAAUAAUUCUAUGGAUCAUGAUCCGUCACACGAUUUUUCGGGGAUCGAGGGAGACAUGCAAUUCUUCACAAAAUCUAUGAGUGAUGAUGUCAAGAAAUAUUAUCAAGAACAACACCUCAACGAGGCGAGAGCAAUGGAGCAGUUGUGUCCUACGAGCAACGCUCUGGAUACUAGUUUUAGCAUGUCCCUGCUUGACACGAAAAACUCGCAGUUGGAUGAAAAUAUGAGUCAGCAAUUUAGUCUGCAAGAGGACUUAAGAAGAAACGAAGAUUGCUAUGACUUCAGCCUUCAGCUUCCUCAAGCCAGCGACUUUAAAGAUGAUGGUUUAGAUUGCCUAAUGUCCACCCCUAAACAGAGUCUGGAUAAUAGUUCUUUCGACAUCAACAGUCAAUUAGAAAAACCUUGUCCAGGGAGAGACGAAAUUAUGAACGAUUUAAUGAAUAUUGAAAAAAAUAUGGGCAUCACAUCAAAUAAUGACUGUUCCGUGAACGAAGCUGAAACAGGUGAAACAGAUCACAAAGCUGAUUUUGACGGCGAUGCAUUGAAUGUGAGCAAUGCUUUUUCGAACGAUAAAAACAAUGAGGUGGCUGUUGAAAAUACCCGGCCUCCAGAUGAUAUUACUGCCAGUAUAACUUCAAGUGGCUUACAAUGGGACGAUAAUAUGGAUAUAAAUGCCCAAGAAAUUGAAAAUAAUCAUGUGGACAACAGCGAUACAAAAACCAAUGAUAAUCAUGCUGAACUACCAGAAUCCGGAUAUAAUGAUGCAGUUAUUGAUCUCACAGCACCGUCAACAUCUGAAUGGGAAGAUAAGAAUAAAAACGACAUGAAUAAAGAAAAUGAACCCAGCAAUGAGUCUACAAUAGAUUCCACAUUAGAUGAUGACAUUCCGUACGCUGUGGGUCUCCUGCCUUUGAAGCAUGUGCAGCCUAUCGAAGACAGCACGUUAAAGCGAAAAUCUUUAGAUGGAGAUUUGUCACUUAAUGUGGAUGCCAACUGUUUAAAACGUAAAGUAAAAUAUAAGAAACACCAAUAAUUAUAUUUAGUUUUUAGAUGAAUACAUAACAUUGAAAAAAUAAA